AUGUCCCUCCGGUCCCCCUUAACCGCGACUUUUAUCCAAGCGACCAUCCUCAACGCCAUCGCCAACGUCAGCGCGCAGGUCAUUGACCAAUACAAAAAUGGAAAACCUCUGGCGCUGAAUGCCCUCGCCCUCCUCCAAUUCAUCACGUACGGCAUCCUGAUCGUGCCGAUUAAUUUCGCAUGGCAGAAAGCCAUCGAGGCGCGAUUUCCAGGUCACAUCGGAGGAGCGUCAACAGCAGCACCGCCAGCACCAGCAGCACAGGGCAUUCCACUCGGCACUGCGGGCGAAGAUGUGAAAGAGAAACCGAGCCCGAAAAAACGACACUCGAAAUGGGUCAACUUCACCAUCAAGUUCCUGCUUGACAUGAUCGUCGGCGGGAUCAUGAACAUCCUCCUCUUCGUCGUGCUGAUCAAUCUCCUCAAGGGGGCGACUCUGUCGCAAAUCAUCGCUUUUGUCAAAGCAGACUUCUGGCCUAUCUGGACGGCCCGGCUCAAGUUCAGACCGAUCGUCUCGGGCCUGCUGUAUACUGUUGUCCCUGUAGAUAGACGGGUGGUCUUUGGCAGUGCCUGUGGGGUUAUAUGGGGGAUUUACUUGAGUUUGUAUGCUGCUGUAUAA